AGAAUGUUUCUGUUGAAAAUCGCGCAAACCAACAAAAUAUCCUGUGUUUCUUUUGUUCGCGUUAAACAUUCCCUAAGAAAAUCUUCCACAAAUCUACGGAUUUUAGUAACGUGCGCGUUGGGAGUAAGCGAGCCAUCACGCGAUGGUAUCUAGAUUCAGCCUCCGUUGUAACUUGCUGAGCCAGUUAUCGAUGCCUUGGAACUUCCUUCGCAGUUUGUGACUGUUUGUCAUGACGGAACUCGACUCCGUCGACUGCUGUUUGCCUGCAACGGAUAGCGAAUCGCUCGCUCCCGGCCAGGGUGCACCGUGCCAAGGUCUUCAAGUUCGGCUGAUUUCGCCGGAGGAAUCUCAGGGCCGUUGCGUAGGCCAUUGGCAAGAACGAAUCUUUUGCGCUGUGUGCCAGCAGUUUCUGGAGGAGCCCUGUUGGUUUCAUGCCAGAAGUGUUCCCAACGAGAGCGUGGUUCCCUUUGCACUGGCCAGUCUGCCUAAAAUCUUGCACCUCGAUGUUUGCGCUGAUUCCUCCACAGGGAAGAAAGUGCUGGCGAAUAUCCGAAUUCCGCCUCAGACCGUUUUCGGCCCACUGGUGGCUCCGUUUGCGGAGAAAUGCAGCGAUAACUAUGUCUGUGCAUUUCCCAGCACGGACGACGGCCAGCUGCGUUUCUUCCAGCUGGACUCGGAGCUCUUCUCCAACUGGAUGCGCUAUGUGCGUUUUACUGAGAAUCCUGCGGAGAAGAAUCUGGCUGUGUAUCUCCGCGGAUCGCAAAUCGUCUUCGUCAGUGUCCGUACCAUUCUGCCCGGCGAAGAGCUAAGGGUGUGCUACUCUGCUAAAUACUCCCGAACAAUUGGAUGCACGAAUGUUCAGAGCGUAAAACAAGAGAACGAGAGCUUUUGUGUAACAGUAUUGCCGAUGUCUUUUGCAGAUAUGGAGUAUGGUGAUCACAAUGAAAAUGCUCUGCCACCGACGUCUCCCCAAACGCCAAUAGAAACGGGCUCACAUGUUGACAGUUUUGAAUGGGAUGGCGAUUCAUUGGGGACGCAGAUGAUCCAAAAUAACGCAACUGGUCUUCGGGAUGUGCUGAUUUCUCCCCACAUACGGCCCGCUAAAUCGUUAGCUGCGCACAGCCUGAAAAGAGUUGAGGGUGUGAAUGGAAGAUUCCUGGCGAGCACAUCCGCCUGUGCAAUUCCCCCUUCUUCUCACUAUGAAGCUGCAGAUUUGGGAAUGGACGACGGUGGAAGUGCGUCACCUCCGCCACCGAGUAGUAGCCGAGAUGCACCACCGGUUACAGCACGUACGAUGCGUGAGGACUCUCCGGAGAUCGAGUAUCGUCCCCCAUUCGGUAUAGCUCCAAGUUCCCAGCGAAAGGCGCAAGAAGGGCUUGAAAGAAAUGCAGAAACAGUUUCCAGAAGAAGCACCCUUCGAUCAGCGGCCAGAGGAAGUGUUACACUUGCAGAAGGGAAUGGCUGUGAUCAGAUCGUCGAAACAAUUUCGCACCGGAUUAAGGACAAACCCGUCCGAGAAACGAAGGCAGCUGGAAUGGACCUUUCCCAUGUAAAUGGCGCGUCGAAUGGAAAUGGUGACUUGGAAGUGAGGGAAUCCCCCGAAACUGCAGGCAGACAGAGUCGUGUCUUCCGCGCAAGACGGAAGAAUUUGUAUGACGGAGGGAUUCGCAUGGAGUGCCCGGUGUGUCACAUCGCAGUCUUCCAAUUACGCGUUCAUUUAAGCCAAGAACAUCCGGAAUAUGCGUCCGAGGAGUUCAAGCAUGCUUGCGAAACGUGCGGAAUGCGGUAUCGAACGAUGCUUCAUUUGCGCCUCCAUGUAUCAAGGGUGCAUACGGUGUGUGGUGCUGAAUUGACCGAGGAGUCGCGUCAAGAGGCCAUCGAGUACAUGAGGAAAACCGGAAGGGGGUCGUUUUUCUGUGCACGCUGCCUGAAGUAUUUCGUGAAUAAAUCUUUAUUGGAUAUCCAUGAGCUAUCACACCGUGUGCUGGAAGAUUAUCAAGCGCGGCCAGAACGAACAUGUCCCGUUUGUGAUUUCACGGGAGCCAGUUUCGCCGAACUGGCGCUGCACACGGCCGAUCACGCUAUUAGCCCCAAAGACAGGAAGCAGUGUCUUCUCUGCCCGCUGCAAAUUUUUAAGCUUUGGACGCAUUACAAAAGGUAUCACCCGGAAUACCGGGAUCUUGUAUCUAAAGAUUGGCAGUUUGAGUGCCAAGAGUGCCAGAUGAAGUUUCAUUCCAAGGUUCACUUGGAUGUCCAUAUGCGGACUCAUAGCAAAUAUAAAUGCCUAUACUGCGCCCUGCCGUUCGAUACUGCCCCUUCACUUACUGUCCACAAUCUAACGCAUCGGAAAGACGGUGUCUUUCCCUGUCCGAUAUGCCCGCUGACGUUCCCCCUGUACCAGCCGUUACGAGUGCAUUACCGAAAGACCCACGACGUCCAGAGCAUGCUGGAGUGCGAAGUGUGUCAGUUUGUGUGCCGGGGUAGGAAGGGCUUGAGGAUGCACAUGCAGUCGCAUAACGACGAUUACCAGCACGCCUGCACUCAGUGCGGAAAACGCUGUAACGCCGCACGAUAUCUUCAAAAUCAUAUUCGACGGGUGCACGAGGGGAAACACCGAGAAUCCGAGAAAAAGAAGUACAGUAAGCGCAAAGCAAAAGUGCCUUACACACACCCGCAAAGGAAGUUUCCCUUCGAUGAUUUCCCCUAUAAAUGCCACGAAUGUAAGCGGGGAUACGUGCGGCGAAGGGCAUUUAUCGAUCACAUCAGGGAAAACCAUCCUGAAAUGGAUCCGCAGAGCGUACCGGUGAUGACGAUUGCGGAGGAAUAAAGCUUUACAGACUGUUGAACUUGAAAAAUCGCACGAUUCAUGUUUCAUGCGGAGUUCCGUGUGAACUGUAUUUUUUGAUUCCUUCAACCAUUUUUUUAUUCCUGUCAAAUUUUAGCAACUCGUUGCCUCAGAAUUACUACUAAUGAUUACCAUGAUGUUGAGUACAGAGAUGCAUACAUUUGCAUCAAUUGCUUGUAUUCAUUUAUUAUACAUAUAUAUGUUUUGCUUGCUUAAAAAAUUAAACUGGCUAAAAAUUAAAAAAACCUUUCGUAGAUGAUGAUCGGAAAUUCGUUCCGCCAUGGAUACCUGUUUAAUU